AUGGCUACUAAAGCAAACGUCCCCAAAGCUCCCUCCAAAACCAUUGAGGAAUUUCUCCACCGCCAUCCCCAAGUCCGCACCGACACCGCCGCAAAAGCCGAACUAGACCAUCUCCACGAACACGACGAUACAUUCUGCGUCAUAAACAAACUCUACGAUAAUGCCAUUCUUCACAAAGACUACGACCCGGACUCUCUAAAACUCAUAUUUGCGUUUGCUUACGUCAACGAUGAGCAAGCAAUGGCCCAUUAUGCAGAAGACGCUGGAGAAGAUGAUAGUGUCUUGUGCGAUUGUGAAGUGGGGAGGGAGGAGGGUCCGGAUCACCACCUUCAUGAGUUUGUGAGGGCUACCGAACCGGAUUGUGAGGUUCAUAAGGGAGAGGAGCCUGAUCCGGGGUCCGGCCCCUCCAAGAACUCAGCUACAUGGCCCAGUCCCGACAAGAAGCCCAGCUUCAUCGACAUACCCAAAGUAGACGUCAUCAACGCCGGCUCUGGCAUCCGCCUCUUCCAUGCGAGGACAUCCACCAUGCAGUUCUACAAGUGA